AUGGGGACGCCAUGUCGUUCAGGAAAUGAUUGUGCGGUGAUCAAUACACAGCGAGACAUCCGACAAUUCACAGAGCAGGCUCGAAAGGCGGCGAGCGAGGCUGGAGAUGCCAUGCGAAUGAGUCAAGCUACCUCUGUGGCUCGCGAGGCAGCGACGCGGGUCUUGGAAGAGCUAUCCAAGUCAGAAUCUCAGGUUGCAAUAGCAUCAGUUGCAAAGUCUAGUGCACAGGCUGCUGCAAACACCGCUCAUGCUUUGGAGAAAGGGGGUGAGGUUGGCGAGGUCGAUGGUGCAAACACCCUCCAUCUGCAUCACCACGGCGAAUCACGGGUGGUAGCUAUGGCAUUGGCUGCCGUGCACGCUGCAGACGAAGCGACCGCAGCGGGCGUGGCAGCAGCGGCAGCGCGCACCGCAGCCCGGUCACACGAAGGCGCAGAGACUGUUGAUGUGAGCAGAGCCAAGAGCUCCGGCGAGGUGAGACUAAUCGCGCGUAUGGCUAGAGAGGCAGAAAGUGCGCUGGCAUUGGCAGCCGAGGACGAACGGCUCCACAAAUAUGAGGCGGUGCUUGCUGAAGCCCAAGCUUCAAGCCAAAGAAUUCAGGCGCAGACUCGCUUGGCUCAUCACGCAGCGUACGAGGCACGACACACGGCACGACGCAUCGCCAUUGCUGCGGAUGAUGCAAGAGCGCGGCUCGCAGUGGGUCACGGCGUGUUUCCAUCACGACUCAGAUCCAUGAACGCGGCCGUGAAUGCUGCGAGCGAAGCGCGCGAGGCGAAGCGGCUAGCUGCGACCACAGCGGAGAUUGCACGUGCUGCGAUAUCCAGAAGUGGUAUCUGUAGCGCCCAGAUGCGCAAUUUCUCGCAGUCUGGCUCUCAGUGUGCGGAGAGGAGGCCUAGCCCGCCUGCGGGGGGAGGUAGGGGGCAAGGACUCGACAGUUUAGACAAAGAAGAAUGGAAUGAGCUCGGUUUUUUUGCAUCACGUUUCAACGCGAAGACAAUUUACACGGAGCACGUGCAGAUCAUGUCACAUAUGCACUUUAAUCAUCUAGCAGCAUUUAACCCAUCGCUGGUCCGCAUACCCAAGAAAAUAAUCAAAGAUUUGCGGUCUAAGUACCCAACGGCUCGAUAUGUUGCUUCAAUUCGGCAUUCAUGGGGACAGUGUCAACGUUUUGAGACACUUUAUAAGCUGGCGGCCUACAUUGUCUAUGGGAAAUUUAAAUCGACUGCGGAGGCACCCGGUCGCCACUCCUCCAUAGUGUUCGCAGAGGAAGUUGACCGCCCAAAUGAUGUCGGGUGGCUUGCUGAGGAUGUUCGUCUCCUCCUUUACGACAACCGGAUUCUCGCAACAGCAGUUCUAUCAUCGGAGACGGGGAAGUACUUCCUGCAUGAUUUCAAGCAGCGAUUCGUCGUACAAGAGGUCAUUCCAGAGAUCCAAAGCGAGAUAUUCACGGUUCGUUAUGUUGCAGCUCCUGCGGAGAUUUACCCUCAGCUCGCUAACUACACUGCGGUGACAAAUUCUCGCAACCUCGGUCUGCUAGUACUGGACGGCACGCUUCAAUUUCUCACCUUCCUCGGCCUGCAGGCAGAGAUGCAGUCUCAAUUGCUACCGCUGCCUGAACUUCCCACCACGUUACCUCUCCUCGGACACUUCGGGAAGUGGCUCCACAACAACGUUUCUUGUCGUUGGGCAUGA